AUGCAUGCGACAAUUCUUUUGAUUUUGUCGAUUAUAGCCUACAAACAGCCACAGGAUGUAAAGCAACAAAUAGAGCAUUGGAUGAAAACUUUCGAUUUAACGUAUAUCGUGGGUUUUCUUGAAACCUUUAAGGAAGAUCCUCAAAAGUUUUUAACAUUUUUGAUAAUUAUUGACAUUUUUUAUAUUAUCAUUUGUCUUGUGUAUAUUUAUGGGGCAUUGACGUGUAAUAAUGCAUUAAUGGUUGUUUUCAUUUUGGUGGAGUUGGCACGUCUUUUUAUAUUAACUAACUUGGUAACAGUGGGUCUACUGAUUCUUAAAAACAACACCAUGGACAUUGGUCUCUUGAUAGGGGCGAGUGUAGCAUGUAGCUUUGUACUGCUGGGCUUAUACUAUCUAUGGCUAUGUGCUGCAAAUUUGCCUAUACUUAUCAAUGAAAUGGAACGUGACGAACAUAUAGCUACAAUAAACAUGUUACAGAAGCUUCUGGAAAGUAAAAAUACAAGCUUUCAAGAACUCGGAUAUGAGGAUGAUUUCUACAGUAGAGAUAUGUUUUCAAUAACCCGCAACAAACUAAACAACCCCAUCAGAAAUUCUUGGAAUUUUUUAAAAUAA